CUUACAUCUUAUUCUUCUAUCUACCCCGAUAUUAUCUUUUUCUCUAUCGAUUGGGAUUUCAACAUCUUAGUUUUAAUUUGUUCUUUUUUUGAAUAAUAAUCGUUUAUGGUUUUAUAAUUUUCCCUUAUUCUAUUUUAUUUUCCUCUAAUAAUGGGUUUGUUUCUGUGGUAUUGAAUUUAGGGUUUCUAUCUUUUUAUUACCUAUAUAUAUAUAAGCUAUAUAUAUAUAAUCGGAGCAAGUUACUUAUAAUCACUGGUAUUGUUUUCUUGUCAAGGUUUACAUCAUUGGACAGGGAGAUUGACUGAAUAGUAGAUAUGUCUGAAAGCAAAAACAUGUCUUCGCCAUAUGUUAUCCUUGAAAACCGUUCCCUUGACCAGUGGAGAGUAACUGAGCUGAAAGACGAACUCAAAAGACGCAAACUAAUGACGAAAGGGUUGAAAGAUGAACUUGUUAAGAGGUUGGAUGAAGCUAUUCGUGCUGAAAUAUCAAAACAGGCUGACCAAACUCAUGACAAUGGUGUCAAUAAUACUGACCAACCCAAGGUUCCAUCUGAUGAGGCAACAACCAACUUGAUUGUUGCAGAGGAUACCACCAGUGUCAUGGAUAACAGCAGUGCCAAAAAUGAAAGCUUAGAGGACAAUAACAAGAUAGAUUUAUUAGAUAAGACUCAGAGCUUAGAGAAAGAUAAAGUAACAGAGGAUUUCGAUAACGAUGUGAGCUUAGAAAAAGAUAACAUGCCAGCAAAUUUGGGUAGUGAAAACAAGAAUAGUGAGGUUAUGAUAACUGAAGAGGUCUCAAAGUUGCAACCGGGUGCUGGAGAGUCAAAUGAAGAACUCAAGCCUAAUUCAACUGAUAUUGGCAGCCAUGAAGUUGAGGUCAGCCAUGUAAUAUCUGAUUCUAUUUCUAUUGAUACUGCUAUGUCAAUUAGUGAAAAGAAUGAACUUAAGGAUAUUGUAAUUGCUGAUGAUGUCAAAUUAGAAGUCGAUUAUAAGCCUGAGACAGAGUCAGUUGUGGCUGAUGAGUCACAUGAGGACAAGGUUACUACCGAAGAAAAAGAUUUCAGCAUUUCUGAGAGUAUAAAUAUAGACAAGAAAAAUGAUAGUGGAGAUAUGGGUUCUCCUGAGAAAUUAAAUUUAGAUCGAAGUUCUGGUGAUGAUUCCAUGGAUGAGGAUACAUUAGAGAAUAAACAAGUUGACUCGAAAGAUGUAGGAGAUAUGAGGGAGAAAACAGAGGUGGGUGUGGUUAAAGAGGAUGGGCCUGUUGAUGUAAUGGUUGAGGAUACACCUGCUGCCAAGAAUACUGAAAGUGAGCUGACUGCGGUGUUGACAAAAAGAAAACUUGAUGACAAAUCAGCAGUGGCAAACAGUGAGGUAACAAAGAAACAGCGCAGGUGGAAUUCUGAAGGCCAGAAGGUCCCUGGACAACAAACUAAUACUUCCGCAUCUACUACACCUAAGGGUGCGUUCCAGGCCUCUAAAAAGAACAGUUUUUCGAGAUCUGAUACUUCAGUUAGCAAUGAGGUUCCGAAGGAACGUGUUGUGCCUCCAUCAUCAAAAACUCCUACUACUUCUCUCAGAAUUGAUCAUUUUGUGCGUCCAUUCACUCUAAAAGCUGUGCAAGAUCUUCUUGGUAAAACUGGUUCAGUUGUUAGUUUUUGGAUGGAUCAUAUCAAGACUCAUUGUUAUGUUACUUAUUCAUCAGUUGAAGAAGCUGUAGACACCCGAAAUGCUGUGUACAACCUUCAAUGGCCAGCGUAUGGAGGACGUCUUCUUAUAGCUGAGUUUGUGGAUCCGUCAGAGGUGAAGAGUCGAACUGAAGCUCCUUUGCCAUCUCCGGUGGCUCCUGUCAACAUCAGCGCACCCGCCAAACCUCAACCACCUCCAGCUGCCAAGAAACCACCACAGCAGCAGCUUCCUCCACCUCCUCCACCCCCAGCAGCCAAGAAACCACCUCAACAGCAGCUUCCUCCACCGCCCCCGCUCCCACUUCCACCACCACCACCAUUGUCACGUCCACCACAAUCCAGAGAACCGGCUCUUCCUCCACCUCCUCCGCUCCCUGCAAAAUUCGAACCUCCAAUUCUUACACUAGAUGAUCUGUUCAGGAAGACAAGAGCAACUCCUCGUAUCUACUACCUGCCAUUAUCCGAUGAACAAGUUGCCGCAAAACUGAAGGGUAUGCAGGUGUUGCGUUUAGGAAGGAACUGUUGGAGCAGAGAAGAAGCUCGUUUGGUGAUAGUCUUAGAUGUAAUCGAGGAACCUCCAUUUGUAUUAAGACACAAAUGUUUCAACUCUUACACUUUUGAGUUGAUGAAAACUAAUAUUCUCCUUUAUUUUUCGGAUAUUAUUGUUCUUAAAACGUUGUACCGGUGGUUGAGGUUACUUUUGUAUGCCGAGACGAAAUGUUUUCCUGGAGAUGGUUUUUACAGUCAUGUUCUCUGGUUAAAGGGUGUUUGGAUGUGAAUUUUAGAUUAGUUGGAUUA